CGGCGGCUCGGUGACCCCCGCGCGGACCCUCACCCGGCGGCGGCUAGCCGGCAGGUUUUCUUCACCAGUGGAGUGUGAGAAGUAGAGACUGAAGAAGAUGAGUGAGCUGGAACAGUUACGGCAGGAGGCAGAGCAACUGCGAAAUCAAAUCAGAGAUGCAAGGAAAGCGUGUAGCGACACAACUCUUGCCCAGAUCACAACAAGUCUGGACUCAGUGGGUCGAAUCCAAAUGCGAACAAGGCGUACGCUUAGAGGUCACUUAGCCAAAAUCUAUGCUAUGCACUGGGGAUCCGACUCAAGGCUACUAGUCAGUGCUUCUCAAGAUGGAAAAUUAAUUAUUUGGGAUAGUUAUACAACAAAUAAGAUGCACGCCAUUCCGCUGAGAUCCUCCUGGGUGAUGACUUGCGCCUACGCGCCCUCCGGAAACUACGUUGCCUGUGGUGGGUUGGACAACAUCUGCUCCAUCUACAACUUGAAAACCAGGGAGGGCAAUGUGAGAGUGAGCCGAGAGCUGCCAGGGCACACAGGAUACUUGUCCUGUUGUCGCUUUCUAGAUGACAACCAGAUUGUCACUAGCUCAGGAGACACCACUUGCGCUUUGUGGGAUAUUGAAACUGGUCAACAGACCACCACGUUCACUGGGCAUACUGGCGACGUGAUGAGUCUCUCUCUGAGUCCGGAUAUGAGGACUUUUGUCUCGGGUGCCUGUGAUGCCUCCUCGAAGCUUUGGGAUAUUCGAGACGGAAUGUGCAGGCAGUCGUUCACAGGGCACGUGUCGGAUAUUAACGCAGUUUGUUUCUUCCCCAACGGCCACGCAUUUGCCACUGGAUCUGACGAUGCCACUUGCCGGCUCUUCGACCUACGCGCGGAUCAGGAGCUAAUGAUGUAUUCGCACGACAACAUCAUCUGCGGCAUCACUUCUGUAGCCUUCUCAAAAAGCGGCCGCCUCUUGCUAGCGGGUUACGAUGACUUCAACUGCAACGUGUGGGACACUCUGAAAGGGGAGAGAGCGGGUGUCCUUGCUGGCCAUGACAACCGUGUCAGCUGUUUAGGUGUUACUGAUGACGGCAUGGCUGUAGCUACAGGGUCUUGGGACAGUUUUCUCAGAAUCUGGAAUUAACUGGGAGCCAAACAUGUACAUUCUCCAUUUGAGAUCUGGAGAGAUCAAUGCUGCAGCCUAUAGCUGUGAAAUAACAUUUCUACCUUGUAUUUGCAGGUGAAGUUUUUCUAUUCACUGAUUAUUACACAAAAAAAAGGCUUUCUGUAAACUAGGAAAAAAAAAUCAAGUGAAGAAAUAGGGGAGGGGGGAAGAAAUCACUGACUUUUUAAAAGGGGCCAGCACACAUAAUCAUGGUGACCGACAAACUAAGAGCCAGUCUUUUUGUUUUUGGUGGUUUGGUUAGAUUGUCCUUGAAGGGUUUUUGCUUGUGCUCAGUCUGCUAAUCCUGUACCUUUUUUUUUUUUUUUUGUACAUAACAGAAUAUACACAUUAUAGCAGCCAAUCAUGUAACAUUUGUCUGUAUGUAAAGAAAUACGUUUGCAUUUUUUGAGGAAACUACAUUUAUAGCUUUGCUUUUAACCCGAGAUGUCACUUCUGAGUUUUGUAGUGGAUGAACUAGAUUGCUGUUUUAAAUGUUUUUGUGAAUUUACUGUAGAUAAAAGUGAAGCCAAUGGUAUAUAUGUGUUUUUAUAAUGGAAGGCAUUUGAAUUAUUAUUUUUUAAAGGCCCUGGAGACUCCCAGUUAAUACCUACCGCCUUAGUCACUCACUUCUUGACCUGCUUGCCUAUUUUUAGUCAUGGGCGUUCUUCCUUCAAGCCGGUGGUUCCUGGUUCAUCCAUUGCCAGUCAGUGGCCUCCAAACACCAAGGAGUUAACGUCAGGCAGACUUGCAAAAACAGCAAAAAUAAUUAAAAAAUAGAUUAAAAAAAAAAAUCCUGUUCCAGAAGUAAUUAGCUUCCUCCCUGCAGCUUUUUGCAGGGGUUAUUCCACGCCGUCCCGCGGUGCGGAAGCCAAGUGACCCGCGUCACUGCCGUUGAGCGGCUGAGUGCUCCCUUUGGACAAUUCAGGUUUUGACUGUCACCAAAUGAAGGGAGUUUUGGCCCGUCACAAACUCCAGCCGAUUUGCACUCGCAGACCCGUUUGGCAGCCGCUCGGUGCGCAGGAAGCAGCGUGUUUGCAGCGCUCGCUCCGUGACCGCAGCCAGCUGAGACGUUCAGGGGGGACUUUGCUGAAAUUCUUGGAGCAGACUGAAAUGUGCAGUUCAUCGCCUGUAAUCCCCCUCCCACCCGGGGGGCUGCCAAAGCUGGCCGCAACCAAAAGCGCUUGCUGUCAGUUACGUGCAGGGGGAAUUAUAAAAGCAAUUGUGUAACUUACAGUGAACCAAAUCACCGUCCUCACCUGUGCGACCCUGCCAGGCCCCAUCCUAGGGACGCAGCGACGCGCUCCUCCUGCGGGCACAGACGUCUCUCCCACGGGGGCUUAUUUAGAUGCUCAUUGUCCUGCGGCUCUGACGCUGUAAACAGCCACUUCCUCUCCCGUUCCGGAUUUUAUUCCGAUUUUGAUGUCAGUCGCUCAUAAGCGAUAGGGUCUGAUGGAGCGCAGUUGAGCGUAGCUAGAGGAGAAUCAAGUGACGGACGCCCAUCCGAAAGGGCCGGGGAAGGAUGUUUAACUUCUUGGUGCCUGGCAGCGUGUCUGCGCUGGCAAUGGAUGUUCCCGUGGGAAUCUGACCCUCUGCGGCGGCUUUGGGACGGGGAGUUCUAGUCUGUUGGCUUCUCUUAAGUGACUUAUUUUAAAGAUAACGUGAAUUUUUAAAUCACCAGGUUGGAAGAUAAUGUCAGUGUGCAGUUACGGGGAGCCUGGGUGUCUCUGGGUCAGGUAGUAACUAGAAGUGCCCGGUGUCUUGUAAUACACCAGCCAGGUUUGGGGCUGAGGUGAGCAUUUGUCAGGCUUCUGACACUUGUAAUCCUAAAUUUCAGUACUUCAGCCUGUGCCUGUAAACUUGCCUUGUCUCUAACGGUGAAGGUGCCAAUAAACGUACCGCUCAACCACGGUAAAUUCACUUCUUAACAAAGAAAAAGGCGCAUCUUGUCCUGGAGAAGUACACGUUUACUAACGGCCUGUGGUGUAGGACCAAAAUCACACUGGACUGUGUCUCACAGGAAUUCCUCGCUGUGUUGCUUUAUGAUCCGUCUGCGUUAACAGAGCUACUACGGAAUUCUUGUUACUUUCUUAAGUGAGCAGCUCUUUGGAUCUUGCAAACUUGGUUUAUUUUUUAGUGGUGCACUUGAUUAUUUUAUUUUUUAUUUUUUUUAACUCACAGCUGCCUUGAGUGAAUCAUUCUGGAAAUUUGUUACUGAGGAAUUUUAAGAAAAUAUUCUUUUUCCAAAAAGUUUUUUGGCCACAGAAGUGUGUUUUGAACCCAUUUCCUAGUCGCCACCUUUGUGAAGGCAGGUGCCAUUUUUACAUUCUGGUAUUAAAACUAGUUUUUACUUGCGAAACUCCAAAAACGAUUUUAGAAAUGGAUAGAGCUUUUAAGAAAAGUUGAGGUGGGCUGUGAGCGUGGCUGUGCCUCACACAGGUAGGACUGCAAAUAACUUCUCUAGCGUCGUUCCAUGGGCCAUUGCCUGUUGGAUUCAGCUGCUUUUCAAAUAAAUAAUUAAGGAAUGCCAACUGCUUGCUAAUGAGGUUUCCAGAAGCACCACAGGAAUAUCUGCCGCAUUGGCUGCUCCGCUGCUGCCGGGGCCGAGGAGCGGUGGCAGGAGCCCCAGCACGGCGGGGACGUGGGAGCUGAUGCUUCUUGGGAGCUUGUAGGAAGUUUCUGAUCCAUCCCGCCGAGGUGAUGUUCGCGGUUUAAUUACUGUCCUGGAUCUACUUUAGAUUGUGGUUUUUUAAAGCCUCCAGAUGCAACGUAACGCGCUGUUACUGUGUGAGGCCAAAUACUGAACUGGCACAGGCUGCGGCGUUCCCUUCUUAAGUGGCCGUUGCUGACCUCUCAAGGCUGCUGUCCCUAUCAAAUGGGUGCGGUUUUCAUGGGAAAAGCUCAAGGUGACAAAAUGCGCCUUCGUAGGUUUUACUGGAAAGGUUUUAUUCCCAGCUUUGCAUCCCAAAGGGAAGGGUCUGUGCUGAUAGUUGAAUGUAGGCUGAAGUUCACAGCGCGCGCGCGCCUUCUAACUGCGCACCACGACGGCAAACGCAGUCACAGGAGAGAGAUCGUGCAGCGCUAGCGGGUGCAGCUUAACCUCUCCUGAGAAGUUUGUUGCCAAAUUACAUCAUUAUCACCUGACUUUCAGAUAGCUUGGGUAAUUACAGCAAUGCAGGAACCAAGACCGUUGUGCAAAACUGGUGCUGAAGUAACUCCCGGCUGUUCUUCCAAGGAGUCGCUUCUGGCUUGGGAAGGAACAACGUGCUUUGUGUAACAAGAUGUAUUUUUAUUCCGGUACAGGUUUUGGUCAGCAUUUUCUAAUGUUAAUUUAACUUUGCAAUGGAGAAUACUAAUCAGGCGAGCGCCCAACCUGGGCUUGUUCCCGUGUAGCCUCGGCCAGGCCUUUAGCGGUUGAUGUUGGUUGAGAUGCUGGAAACUACAAGCAGCUCCUCCAUGGCGCGGUGCUGCCCUGUACACGCUUGCUCCGGUAACGCGGCCUCCUCCCAUCCCUCUCCAGAGCUUUUUUUUUCUUCCACACACCGCUGUCCUCUGCCCGGCGGGAUUGCGGCUGCGGCGCAGCGCCUGGCAGAACCGGUCGUUCAGCGUAAGACACCGACAGUCACCACUUGAACCGGAGUCACUGGGCUUUUCCCCCGCCUGAGGAGAGGCCUGGCCUUGGCGGUGGCAGCCGGUCCCGGUGUGCUCGCUGUAACGCUUGGCCUGGAAAUACGAACUCUUUAAUUAGUGUAACUGCUUGUCCCACAAGGAAGUUCACAAUUACUUUUUGAGGUGGAAUGAAACCAUUGUGCAAACAUUCCAAGAGUGCUUAGUCUCUCCUCGCCGAGGACACCGUCACCUCCCCUGGGUUUAGUGCUGUGCUUUGAGCUGUCGGUGAGAGUUUUGGCUAAUCGGACUAGUUGGUAUAAAUGGUCGUGUAGCAGAAUGACUGAUUUUUUUGAGAUAGCAUUUCCUGUAAAAGUAAUUAAGCAUGGGUUGAUGGUGCACUUUGUAUCCAGUGAUCUGGCAUGCACGCUGGGAAACGACGUCCUCCACUUCAGAGGCACCACGAGCCUUUUUUAUCCAAUUGCUGGUUAUGUAAAAUACAUGCAGAAUGUUAAUGCAGUGUUGUUAUGGUAAAUGUGUGAACAGUGUUACUAAUUGAUAUAACUGAUAACAGAUUACAUGUGCCUGACAUUCUUAUACCACACAGUAUGUUUAGGUUUUAACUAAUAUGGACUUCGGUGGAAUAGUCUUAGAUAUUUCAAGCCUUUGUUUUACUUACACAAUGGUGCUCUAUUUGUGUUUUUCUCCUUUUUUUUUUUUUUUUUUAAAAAAAAAAAAAAAGAAUAAAAGCAUCUGAACACUUGUAGUACAUAUUACAUCCAAAGGAGUCCAAAACAAAAUGCUUCUAAACAUGCUUGAUUUUAAUUUGCCUUUAGUUUCCAGCAUUUCUCAUCAGCUAUGUUUUUGGGGUUGUUUUUUUUUUCACUUGUUGCUGACUACUUUGGAAAAACUUCGGUAAUGUUACCAAUUAUGAAGUGAUUCUGCACUGCCUUUGGAUUGUGUAUGUAUUCAGAAACAGUCUUAAAGCUUUUAUUUAAGCUAUUAAAAAAACCAGGGACUUGUGCCAUUUGUUCUUUAACAGUGCUGUUGUAAAAAGACUUCCCUGUGAAAAAAAAAUCACUUGCUAUGAACUCUGUUUAUAGCUUUUUUUUUUUUUCCACGAUGGAUCUUUUUCUUUGUAUUUGUACAGUGGCUCAGUGAAAGAUGUUGCCAUGAGUUGAUAUUGUAACCAAUAAACAAGUGCUUUUAACCAGA